GAUAGCAGAAGAAGAAAUCGGUAAAGAUGGCGGAGAAGAGCAGCAGCAGCAGCAGCGACCACACGCAGGACGUCACUGCGGAUAAAGGUGAAUCUCCCGGAGGCAACUCGAUGGUGAUUAACGUCCGGACGCCGGAGGGGACGGAGAAAAUAGCGAUUUGGGAGGAGUCCACUGUUUCCCAGUUUAGACAGGAAGUAUCCAAACGAUAUGAGGCCUCCCAGAACCAACUGGUGCUGAUAUUCACAGGGAAGGUUCUAAAGGAUACUGAUACUCUGAAGCAGUAUGGCAUCAAAGACGGUCACACCGUUCAUCUUGUUAUCAAGAACAUUCCAAAAUCAACAGAUGGCCGUGCAUCUCAGACCAGUUCCACUACUUCACCACCUCAACAGAACACCAUCAGCACCAGCACCAGUACCAGCACCACCAGCAGCAGCACCCCCAGCCCCACUGUAGCAGGCAGCACGGGUCAGACACCGAUACAACCUGCUAAUGCAAUGAGUGGACUUGGCGACCUGUCCGGCUUGUUAGGUCUCGGCAUGGGUUCACCCAACUUAAUGGAGAUGCAGCAGCAGAUGCAGAGGCAGAUGAUGUCCAACCCACAGAUGCUGUCGCAGAUCAUGGGGAACCCGAUGUUCCGGAACGUGAUGUCCAACCCAGACCUGAUGAGACAGAUGAUGCCAGGCAAUUCUCCGAUGCAGCAGCUCCUCGAACAAAACCCAAACGUUUCUCGCAUGUUCAACAACCCUGAGUUUAUGAGACAGUUGCAGAAUCCUGAAACCCUUUCUACGAUGAGCAACCCCAGAGUCAGACAGGCCCUCGAACAGAUCCAACAGGGCCUGCAGAUAUUACAGACGGAAGUGCCAGGAUUCGUGUCCAGUGUGCCUACUGGUGGUCUCACAGUUCCUCCAGCCACAGGGAGCAGUGUCCCUCCACAGAACUCCCCCUCUGCUGACUUACCACCAGGAUCCAUUCCCUCUCAGCAGAUGCAGCAGAUCUUACAGAUGUUUUCAGGCGGUGGAGCAACGGUGCCGGAGGCUCGUUUUCAGCAGCAGCUUGACCAGCUCAACGCCAUGGGCUUCAUCAACCGGGAAGCUAACCUGCAGGCGCUUAUCGCGACCGGAGGGGACGUCAACGCUGCCGUUGAAAGACUGUUGGUCUGAUGCGCUCAGUUCCUUUUGGGGAUUGACGCUGGACGACCAUUGUAAAAAAACACAAUAGUACAGAUGUUGCUUCGUCAAAAUGUCGCGGGAUGGCGCUGUAGAUGUUGUGUGGGGUCAAUUUAUAAAAGUCAACUUAUAAAAGUACAGCAACCAGGUUGGAUGAUGUUUGUUUCUGGGUUGUGUUGAAAGACUGGUGGCCUAAUGCGCUCAGUUCAUUUUAGGGAUUGACGCUUGAAAGACUGGUGGAGUUGGGGACUAGCGAUGGAGAUUUGAAAAUAUAUUUAAUUAAAUUGAUCUAGAUACAUUCAGUCCUCUAUGACAUUCAAGUCUGACCUAAACCCCAGAUAGAGUUAGAGCUGUUACUGUCACUUGUUUCCAUUAAUCUGAAAAUCAGACACCACAACGGUCACAGCCAGUUUCUCUUGCUAGUGCAGACGGAGACAGUUUCAGGCAUGACGGAUGCACCUUUACGUCUUCCACACGAGGACGCAGAGAAAUUGAAGUUAAGCUUGUGUUUUUAUAUUAUUUAAUAAUAAUAAAAAGUAUUGUAUUUUAGUCUAACAGUUUUAAAACUGGGUUCUGUUGCAGUAGGUUGGGUGAUGUUCCUGUCUGGGCACUCGGCUUGUUUGUUAUGUGAUUUAUUUUCACUCUUGAGCCUUAAUCUUUCCUAAUUGACAGGAAUUUAUUAACUUAUCUAUAAUAUUUUAUCCUGAUUUCUUUUUUUUACGCAUAUUUUCUUUCCUCAGAACUGUUUAAAGUACUUCAUCAGCUUUUCAUGGUUGUUUCUGCUGCGUUAAUGUUUCCAGGAGAAAGUGAAAUGUUCAGGUUGUUGGACCAAGGCUCUGAUACUGUUAUGUUAGAAUAAGAUAAAAUAAACUGUAAAGCAACAUUGGCUCGACAUGAUUUUGUUGGUGGGUUUUCUCACAUUAGUAAGGAGGUGAAGUAAAUUCUAUUAAUGAUUACAAAUGACAACAAGCCAUUUGACAUAAUAUGAUUGUGUAUUUCCAUACAUGUCGUGUCAUACCUUAAUCUAUUUGAUGGAAGCUGCAAAAUACUGCAAAGAUUAAAUGUAAAAUCUUUUGUCUACCUUUGGACUUUCGACCAAAUGUUCUUUGUAGAUGUGAAAGUAAUUGCAUAAAGUUUAGUUUGCAAUAGAUUUGAAUCCAUGGUUGUAAUGUUUAGUCUACAACCCCCCCCUCCUCCGAAUCUAACAUAUGUUUGUUUAAUGUCUCAGUCACUGACAGUUCUGUGCAGUGAUGGAGAAAGAGAUUAAACAGAGUAAAUGUAGAAAUUGCAAAAAAAUAAUAACAGUCAGCCCCAGUGUGCCAUGUGGCAGCCUUCAAGCUGUUCGGUGUGGAUUUGGUGAUCUCCUCUGUUAAGCUGCGUCUCCUGUUUUGGUUGCGUGACCAUCUCAUUUGUUUAGGUUGUGGUUGUGAGUUAAAUUUGUACUGCUGUUUGUCAGUGUCUUUCCUUUUAAGAAAGUUGUUUUCAGUUCAUUAUUAAUAAAUUACUCUUUUGUUCAUUCA